UGAAACAAUAGAUAUCCAACGCCCCAUCUCAAGAGAUAAACCAAUGACAUAUGCGACCCGAAUUUACAAAGCCACUUUGCCAUCGGAGUUGAUUAACCUGGUAGAGAGAGGAGCAAACAUUGACUAGGACUCAUAAUUUAAGGUAGGCUUCGAACUUAUCAGCCAUCUCAGUUAGCAUCGUUUUAUUCAGCAACAAACAUCCUAUUAAGACGCAAGAGGUCCCAUUUCGUCGAGGAUAACUCAGCAGCUUGGAAGAGGGAGAACCGUAGUCUGGCGUAAGGAGUCACACCAGAAUAACUCGUGAGCCAUUGUCGGGGGAAUAGCCGGAGGAAUUCCGGAGGGCAGCAGCCGCAACACGGCCGGGGAGUGAAGAGACUUGCGAAAGUGAAGGAGGGCCAAGGGUGCGAGAGCCGUAGUCGGCAACCCGAGCGCUCCUAGGCGUCGUCGUCGUCGUCGUCGUCGUCGUCGUCGUCGUCCCCGUCUAGGUGGACUUUAUUAUCAAGCCAGUCACCGUGAAGUUUGGAGGUUGACGCCUUCAAACGAGUCAGGCAGAAAUCAUUCGGUCGAAGGCGAAGCGAAAGUCGGCGGACGCAGAGCAGCCGGGCAGUUGCAGGAAGCAGCACUGCAACGAGCAAGGCCUCGCCGUUGAGGUCGCGGUCGCGACAACGUCGCGCAGGACCCCGAUGAAAAUGCUUCAGUCCCUGAACUCGCUGGCGAACAAAAUCUCGCCAGGCUCACCGACCGAUGGCAAUGCCAAUAAGGUGCAUAUGCACAACAACAACAACAGCGACAACAACAAGAAUGUCUCGCAUCAUCCGCAUCCCUACUCCAAGAAGCCGAUCCAACAGCUUGCGGCGACUGCGGCCAAGUCCAGCAAUGGCGACCAGAAAGAGAAUACUAUUAUGAACAACAAUAGCGUGGAGAAGCCAGAUCCUGAUAAUAUUAAGAUGUUUGUUGGCCAGGUACCUAAAGAUAUGGACGAGAACGAUCUUCGAACUAUCUUCGAGGAGUUCGGUCGCGUUCACCAAAUCAAUGUACUACGUGAUAAGUACACAGGCAGCAGUAAAGGAUGCUGCUUCGUUACGUUUUACACGAGAAAGGCUGCCCUCGCCGCCCAGAAUGCCCUGCACAACAUCAAGAUUUUCCACGGGAAACUUCAUCCAAUCCAAAUGAAACCUGCCGACAGUGAAAAUCGAAGUCAUCGCAAACUCUUCGUGGGCAUGCUCUCGAAGAAGUUCACGGAGAACGACGUGCGGAACAUGUUCGACGUUUAUGGGGAAAUCGAGGAGUGCUCGGUGCUCCGGGAAAACGGGCAGAGCAAAGGCUGCGCCUUUGUCACCUUCGCCAGCAAGCAGUCGGCCCUUCUCGCUAUCAAGGCCCUUCACCACUCCCAAACGAUGGAGGGAUGCUCGUCACCCUUGGUCGUCAAGUUCGCGGAUACGCAGAAGGAUAAAGAUCAGAAGAGGCUGCAACAGAUGCAGGCAAAUCUUUGGAAUAUCGCUGGGGUUAACAUGACUCCGCAUUAUCUCACAACGAACGAGACGCCACCGGCGAUCGCUCCAGCGGCGACGUCCCUCCAGCUCCUCCAGCAGCUCCAAGCAACCUCGGGCGCUGCGACGCCCGUCGCCGCCAACCCCGCACCGACCGCCCUCACGAGCGUCCAGCACCAGCUGCUGUUACAGCAGCAUCUCGGGCUCAGCGCCGUGGCCCCGACGCCGACGCAAGCCGCGGCCGUACCCACGGCCCCCGAGAUCAACCCCGCGAAUCUCCAGGGACUCGCGACCCUCGCCUCCCUCAGCAGCACCACCGGUGAGUAUGCAAAUGCGGGUGUAUCGCCUAUAAGUAUGCAGAACCUCGUCACGCUCGCAGCCAUGACGGGUGGAACUAAUAAUCUUCAAGUAUCUCCAAACACGCUAAGCGGAUUGGCCAACUCGACAGCAGGUAUGUCACUAUGGUCGACCGGCGGCAGCUUGAGUCCCGUUACAUCAUUGGCGCUCAACUCCUUGACGGGGGCGCCCUUGAGCGGACUUCAAGAAUCACUUAGUAACGCAUACUCGAGCUUGCAGCAAUAUGCAGGAUUUCCGGCUUUUUCGACAACGGCAACCACGGCACCAGUACAAACUACGCCGACCUUUAAUGAUUUUCGAUUACUAUCGAAGCAAAUCGAGGGUCCUGAGGGUAGUAACCUCUUUAUUUACCAUCUGCCGCACACCUACACGGAUACAGAUCUUGUUACUAUGUUCAUGCCCUUCGGCAACGUUCUCUCGGCCAAGGUUUUUAUCGACAAAGAGACGAAAAAGAGCAAAUGCUUUGGUUUUGUAUCAUAUGACAAGUCAUCAAGUGCUCAGAAGGCGAUUCAAAUGAUGCACGGCUUCCAAAUUGGCACGAAGCGAUUGAAAGUUCAACUAAAGAAAUCGAAGGAUGCAUCCAAGCCUUACUAGCCCAACAUCGAUGAUUUCCCCAAUUCAGGUGGCCUGUGACGUUGUGACCGUGUACACUCUCGACCGGAGUCGCCGUGCCAUGUCUGUCUCUCAGUCGAUCGGUUCAGUCACGAUCCGAUCCUUGAUAUCUUCACUCUCGGAAUUCAUACAGACUCCUUUUCUCUCUUUACAUUCAAUUUUCACACCUUACCCCAUUUCUUAUUUCAAACUUACUC